CGCCGGGUUCAUUUACAGCACCAAAUCCUAACAGAAGUGACCUGAGAGCAGGUCUCAUAGAGCCAGCAGUCCGGCAGGAUAUCUGUUCGUUAUCCGCUUCACUAGUGAUUAGUCAGGUUCAGAGGUCACAUGACGCUGGUUGUCAAUCGGUAUGUCAACCCAGGGUUUCCCAGACCAGCCUUGGACAGAGCGGCUUUAACUAAUGAGACAGACAAGUAAACGUUGAUGUAUGUGUGUGUGGCAGAGCUGGUUGUAUAAUGUGAGCUGUGAUUGGCUGUUUCCUGUCUGCAGGCGAAGAAAUACGCCAUGGAGCAGAGCAUCAGGAGUGUUCUGGUCAAACAGACUCUGGCUCAGCAGCAGCAGAUCAACAGCCUGCAGAUGGCGUCCCUGUCGAUGGGUCUGGGCGACGCUCUGACGCCUCUCCAGUCAGUAGCAGCUCAGCGUCAGAGAGCUCUGGCCAUCAUGUGUCGGGUUUACGUCGGUUCUAUCUACUACGAGCUGGGAGAGGACACCAUCAGACAGGCCUUCGCUCCGUUUGGACCAAUCAAAAGCAUCGACAUGUCCUGGGACUCUGUCACCAUGAAACACAAGCCGCCAGGGGCAAUUCGGGGUUCAGUAUCUUCCUAAGGACACUUUGACAUGCAGCCUGGAGGAGCCGGGAUUGAACCGCCCACUUCUGAUUAACGGGCAACCCGCUCUACCUCCUGAGCCACAGCCGCCCAGCUAUAUUAACAGACCGCAGCUGAAAUAAAAACAGCAACCUUUCAACCAGGGGAGUCCGGACGUCCCUCUCCAAACUCCUCCUGGGGGACCCCGAGGGUUUCCGAGCCGGGUCAUAUAUAAAGUCUCUCCGGCGUUUUCUGGUUCUACCCCGGAGUCUCCGACCAGCUGGACGUGCCCAGAAACCCUCCAAAGGAAGGAGGGUCCUGAUCAGAACUCACUGACUUCCUGACACGACUGGCUGUGGUUAUCUAAGGACCAGCUGGCCCAGACUCCUGCAAGACCCCCCACAGGGCUCCCAGGGGACAAGGAGGAAUUUGGGCUUCAGUAGUUUGUCCAAGGACUAGGCUGGGCGACCGUCUCUAUCUUCAUAUUGUCUCAUCGUGGCUACUCACCCCUUGGCGAUCUGAGCGCCAGGGGACGGAGUUACGUUACAGCAAGUCGGCGAAAUGCCAGCAUGGGAGAAACGGGCUCAUUAGCUCGAGGGGAAACCACCAGUUCAGCGUUUGCCACAGAAUGAAGUACGCAGAUGACACGACCCUGGCGCCACACCUGACCGGCACCGAUGCCCUGUCCCAAUAUCAACAGGCAAUCAACAACCUGGUCCAAACGUUCGCUGAUCGUUCCCUGGAGCUCAGUACAACAAAAACAAAGGAACUGUGCUGUGGGAGCAAAGUUAAAACAUCUUCCCAUCUCUUCCAGCCUCUCAGUAUCCAGGGUCACUCGUUGAAUCCAUUCUCACCUUCUCCAUCACCUCCCUGAUCACAGGAGACCCCUCUCACCUUCUCCAUCACCUCCCUGAUCACAGGAGACCCCUCUCACCUUCUCCAUCACCUCCCUGAUCACAGGAGACCCCUCUCACCUUCUCCAUCACCUCCCCUCUCACCUUCUCCAUCACCACCCUGAUCACAGGAGACCCCUCUCACCUUCUCCAUCACCUCCCUGAUCACAGGAGACCCCUCUCACCUUCUCCAUCACUCUUUCCAGUUACUGCCAUCAGGCAGUAGUUCCACUUGCCAGGAAAAAACAUUUACAAGAAAUCUUUCAUACCGUCUGCAAUAACCACUCUGAACAAAAAUAAAUAAAUAAAUAGACAUUGUACAGCU